UCUCGCAUUUUUUUUUCGCAGGUACUUAACACAACUAAUCCCCUCUUCGUGUACUACGUUGGCCGCGCGAGCUUUGCUGUGAACUGCAAUCAGGCUACAUGCAACACAACAAGCUUGAGAUGCGAAUACAUGCGCACAACUGCAAUUAGCAAUACCUCAGUCCAAUACAACGAGUCAUCAUCACUGGUGGGCUCAAACUGGACUGAUGUAUAUAGCGCAAAUUUUAGUACCAAUGUAUGGCCACCUGUUGAGAUGGAGUAUAAGAGUGUCGUACCACCACAGGAAUCUAAGGACAAAUUUUUCAUGAGACUCAAUUAUACUACGCCAAGAACAUACAACUGCAGUGUUUUCAUCGUGGCUCUUAGAGGUCAAGACUGGACAUGGUGGUGUUAUAUGUACAUACGAGGGGGACUUCAAUUUUGUGCGUAUCCACCUGCGGAGUGCGAAAAUGCCUUCCUUAAGGCUUGCCCGAACGGAAGAUAUAUUAAGUACUACAAUUGGACCUGUCCUGCACCUGAAGGGAAAAUUUCAAGUGAUGUGUAAAUAUGCGAGAUAAAUUUUUU